AUGUUGCUGGACAACCGCAGCAGGAUUCCGUGUUGGUACAACCGAUUGGAGGAACAGAGCAUUGACGCGCCCGAUGAGGAGGCCACGGAAGCGUCCUGCAGCGCGGCCAACACCUCCACUUGCAUCUUCUCCAAGACGUCUCAGGUGCGGUACACCCUGCGCUUGGAAGCAGAGCCCUGCACGCAGCGUCCAGAGAAAGGGAGUGUCGCUGUCUCGGUGCUCUUGGGCGGGCUGCUGCUUGGCUUCGCAGCUUGUGGCUUUGCGUGCGCUCUGCGCGCCAGGCGGGAGCUCCUCACGGACUUCGAGGACGAGUUCACGGAGCACUGA